AGGAAGAGCUGGGCCCGGGGUCCGGCGCCGAGGACGUGCUGUGGCCCCCGGAGCAGCCACGCUGGCUGUGGGCGCCCGAGCCCGGCAUGGUGGAGACGGAGGAGCUGGCGCGGCUGCGGCGGCUCACCCUGCAGCUCCUGAGGCAGCUGUGGGCCGGGCAGGACGCCGUGCGGCACCUGGUCGCCCAGGCGGCCUUGGAGUCUAGCCUGGACUCCAGCAGCAGCUACAACUCCAAGGCGUCUCUGUCCCCGGAGACUUCCUCGUCCUCUUCCAGGGCCUGCAGCCCACCUGACGCCCAGCAAGCUGACCCCAGUGAUGUGGCCUCGCUCGGCAGGGUCAGCUCCAGGGUGACCUCCCUCCCUCCUGCCAGGUGCCAGCACCAAGCAUCCCUGGGCCAACCACGAGCCCGCUCGGCACCCUUGCUGCCCAUCACGGACUCCAGGGACCCAGAACCUUCUGCAGGGCAGGGUGAUCUGGGGUCCCAGGAGGCACAGGCCCCAAGGUCCGUCCUGGCUCAACCAAGCAAAGUAUCCAAGCCUCAGUCCACGGUGACCUUCUGCGAGGACUCGGAGGUGCCGGAGAGCAGCUGGCGCCUGAGGCCAUACCUGGGCUAUGACUGGAUCGCAGGGUCCCUGGACAGCAGCUCUCCUGUCAGCAGCAAGCCCGAGGCCUUCUUUGCAACACUGCAGAAGUUCCGAGAAGCCAACAAGAGAGAGUGCACGUCCAGCCACUCUGAGCCCGGGUUCUUGGGUCUACAUGAGAGCGAUGGCGUGGAUGGGGACCACGAAUGCGUGUACUGUUACCGCGUCAGCCGCCGCCUCUUCCUGGUGCCUUCGGAUCCGGGCACCCCCUGCCGCCUGUGCGGGACCCCUCGGGAGCAGCGGGGCCCUGAGACCCUGCUGGAGCCGGCGCAGGUCAGGGUGAGCGUCCCGCUGUCCAUCCUGGACCCCCCGCACCAGUACCGCAUCCGCAGGCGCAAGAGCUUCGAUGCCUCGGACACACUGUCCCUGCCCCGGCACUGCCUGUUGGGCUGGGACAUCCUCCCUCCCAGGUCAGAGAAGGGCUCCGCCCCUAAGAGUCUGGACCUGUGGUCGUCGGUGUUCACCACAGCCCAGCACCGGAAGCUGUCAGCUGCCAGCCCUUCCCGCCUGGCGUUGCCAGCGCGGGGUCCGGCCCCCGCCCCAAUCUGGUCACAUCCCCGGCGCCCCCAGCCCCACGCCGCUCAGCAGAAACAGCCCUGAGGACCACGGCGUGGAGCUGCUGCUGCUGCUGCUUCGGGCCCCUCUGCUCCAGCGGGGGCUGCCCACGGAUGGAAGCCUCUGCCGGGCUCCGCUCGGGUGGGCGCGAGCCUGUCUCCCUCCUGGGAUCCGGAGAGGCCAGGCCCUGGGCAGGGAGGCGAGGGUUCUGUGACUGUAAAUAAAGCGUGCUGAC